CAAGCUGUUCGUCAUCUUUGGCACCUACUGUAGACGGACAGAGACAACAUCUGUUACCAGCCUCGGAGCCUCCCGCCGUCGCCUCGCAAUUAAGCUUCACCACUCUUCAAUUGUUCAGCAUCACCCCGAACCAACUCAGCAUACUAGCCCUUCUUUCUCCCGAAUUCGCCUGCAUUUUCCGUAUCAUCCAAAACCAGCAUAACACCACUUAGAUCUCUAGCGAACAGUAGCAAUGGCUUCCGAUCAGGAAAGAGAGGGAGCCCUGCAAGCUCUCCGGUCCAAACUUAUCGAGUCGCGGGAGUGGGAAUCAAAGCUAAAGGCACUACGAUUAGAGAUCAAGGGUCUAGAGAGAGACUACAACCAGACGGAAGAGAACAUAAAGGCACUCCAAAGUGUAGGCCAGAUCAUUGGCGAAGUCUUGAAGCAGCUGGACGAUGAGAGAUUCAUCGUAAAAGCGUCCUCGGGCCCUAGGUACGUCGUCGGCUGUAGAUCAAAGGUGGACAAGGCGAAGAUGAAGCAAGGGACCCGUGUCGCCCUAGAUAUGACGACACUUACCAUCAUGCGGAUGUUACCGCGCGAAGUCGACCCCCUCGUCUACAACAUGUCGCUAGAGGACCCCGGCCAGGUCAGCUUUGCGGGUAUCGGUGGUCUCAACGAUCAGAUCAGAGAGUUGCGCGAGGUUAUCGAGUUGCCCUUGAAGAACCCAGAGCUAUUCCUGAGAGUAGGCAUCAAGCCGCCGAAAGGUGUGCUAUUGUAUGGUCCUCCGGGAACGGGAAAGACUCUACUAGCGAGAGCCGUCGCCAGCAGUUUAGAGACAAAUUUCUUAAAGGUGGUAUCAUCAGCUAUUGUAGAUAAGUACAUUGGGGAGUCAGCGCGCUUGAUCCGUGAGAUGUUCGGAUAUGCGAAGGAGCACGAGCCCUGCAUCAUAUUCAUGGACGAGAUAGAUGCCAUCGGUGGACGUCGGUUCUCGGAGGGUACCAGUGCCGAUCGAGAAAUUCAACGGACGCUCAUGGAGCUCCUGAACCAACUCGACGGUUUCGAUUACCUCGGCAAGACCAAGAUCAUCAUGGCCACCAACCGGCCCGACACUCUAGACCCAGCGCUGCUACGUGCCGGACGUCUCGACCGUAAGAUUGAGAUCCCCUUGCCCAACGAGGUCGGCCGCCUCGAGAUCCUCAAGAUUCACGCCCAGAGCGUCGUGACGGAAGGCGACAUCGACUUUGAAAGCGUCGUCAAGAUGAGCGAUGGCUUGAACGGUGCGGAUCUGCGCAACGUCGUAACCGAGGCCGGCCUCUUCGCAAUCAAGGCUUAUCGCGACGCCGUCAACCAAGACGACUUCAACAAGGCCGUGCGGAAACUAGCAGAGGCCAAGAAACUGGAAGGCAAGCUCGAGUACCAGAAGCUGUGAGGACUUGGGGGGUUUAAGUUAGAUAGAGAACGAUAACGGGAAGUCAUGAACACAUAGAUGGGGUUAACUACGUAGCGCCCGAGAAUCUGCACGAGAGAAAAAGAGAGCUUAUUGACGGACUGAUCAAGGGUGAUUGGAAUCUGCCUCUGGUGCAACAAUGUGUACUUCUAUGGAACCUAUAUCUAGACAUUACCUGCCUGUCUGUCUCUCUGUCUGUCUCCGCAGACACGGGACGAAAGAAAGUGUUCGUCGUUUACUGGCUCCGGUGAAUCGGGGUACGUUUUGAUGAGA